CGUUUACUGGAAUAAUUAACCUUUUUUUUUUAAAACAGACAAAGCUUUUCUAUCAUAAAGUUAAAUCCAAUCCAUAACGUUGACGGUUGGUUUAACGCCACAGUUCCGGAAUGUGGAUCCAGUCUGCAGCCUUCCUUUAGAUCCGUAGCCUACUCGUACCGGGCGACACCGACUCAGAACACCGAUCUGAAGAAGACUCUCCGUUGACCGGUAAACCUUCCUUCACCUCCAGGCUCUGAGUCGCCAGGCCGGACUAGGUCUACCGAGACUUGGGGACGUGGCUCCUCAGACGGCGAGGGGCUAAUCCUGCCGGGACUCGAACACAACGGUGAGCCAGGAGGGAACAGAAAGUCGAGGAGGGCUUCUUCUGUAUUCCCGGUCUGAGGUUCCGGUGAGGAGGCGCGAGGCGCGUCUCUGUGUGUCCAGGAAAUCCUACCUGAGCGCGCAGAGGUUCAAAGGUCGGGCUGUGAAAACAUCCAGGAGACGGAUCUGGACGGGUCCGUCUCACUCAGCAGGUGGUCUGUCUGGCACGAGGUCAGCCCUGGGAAGGGGGAGGUUUAUUUUGACAACCUGUAAAAUCCCGCCACCUCCCCACGCGCCCCAAACCCGCACCUCAGAUUAAUAAUCUAAUGUUAUCAGGGUUCAAAACUUCUAUCAAUAUGUAUGAAGGAUAGUCAAUCUACCGAAGCGUUUUUAAAUAGUCUAAAGAGUUAGUAUACAGUUCAAACAAGCUUGAAUGAUUUAAUAAAUCCGUUCAAUCUAAAUAAUAUAAAAGGCCCAAUAAUAUGAAUUAUUAAUGUAGCCUACUUUAACGAAAUGAAUGGUUAUGGGAACCUUUAGAUGAAAAAAAUGGUGUGGAAUGCUUCAACAUUAAAAAAAGUGCCAAAUAUUCAACACAUGACUUUAAGGUAGACUAUAAUUAAUAGUUUUAAUUUGAAAAGUAAUUGUUUAAUGUCAAAUGUAUUUUCUGUAACUAACGCCUACCUGUUGGCAUCAGGGCAUCCGGUUUAAAAAUAAGACUCGAGUGAAUAAUUAUUUCUAAAAGUAUAUGAAAUUCUAGUCUAUAAAUCCAUCUUCUGGUCUCGUGACUUCCGUCUCUCGGGUCCGCGGCCUCGAGCCAGAGCGGGUCCGGUUCCGGGUCCCGCACGAGCCGCCGAUAUAUCGGUUAAAUAACGGCCGAGAGCGAGCCCGGCCCAGCGGGCCGACUGUCGGACUCAACCUACUCCCUUUAGUGCUUAUUUAAAGUCACAUACAUAAUAUUUAAAGAAUUACUUUCCCUAUUUGUAACACAAAUAACGAGCCGAGGAAUGUUUUCAACUACGGUUAAGUUUUCUAGAGUUAUUUUAAUUUAUCUGGAUUUAAUCUGAAAUAUAAAGUUCGUUCCUUAAUGUGUGGAAAUAAUUUAGACAAGUAAAAAUAAUCUGAAUUAUUUGUAAUUUGUUAUUUAAAGUCAAUUAACAAAGGAUAAAGGCAUUGAGUGAAGAAGAGGUCAAAUAAUAAACUGUUGAAAGCCUAUCCCGCGCCGGGGGCCUUACGUGGACCGUGCGGAUCAAAGCCCGUUUAGGCCUAUCAGAUCAGAAGGUCUGCAGAUACAUAACAUAAUUUCUCAUAAUGAUCUCAACUCAUCCGAGAACGAGGCGGUAUUUCCAGAGCUCGAGCGGUAGGCCAUGUUAGACUUGAAGAAAAAAAUUCUCGAACCAUUUUCUCAAAUUACCCACUAAUGUCAAACGCCAUUGUUGGCUUGCGGUGCGUCGUGGCUCCUCCCCCUACGCGGUGGCGGUAAACCUGGCGCGCGGCUCCACUGAAGCCAAGAUAAGGCGACUCGUCUCCUCCUCGAGGCGACCAAUCGGGUGUCUCACGCGGGAACAAGUGCACUCGGAAAGGCGUCUCGCGACUCGGCAGUAUUGAGCAGAUCACCGGCGGGCAAGGCAUCACCGGCGCGCGCUCCGUCCGCCUAAUCCCGCGGUGGUCUCAUCCCGCACGGCCCCGUGCGCGUGGGAGGGGGGGGGACUACACACCAUGUCCCUGAGCCCGAGGUACUCCACUCCCUUCUCGGUGACUGACAUCCUGAGUCCGCUCGAGGAGAGCUACAGGAAGUUCGGUGGCGGGAUGGACAACGGCGGGAACCUGUGCCCCCCGCUGGGCGCGUACGGCCGCCAGACUCCGGGCUCGUGCCACCAGCAGCAACAGCAGCAGCAGCAGCAGCACACGUACCACGUGGCCCACCACGGAGUGCCCCAGUUCUCCAGCGCCAUGGGGGGCUACUGUAACGGCGCCAUGGGGGGCAUGGCGGGGGGCGAACUGCCGUCCUACCAAGACACGGUGAGGAGCGCAGGCCCCGCCAGCGCGUGGUACAGCAGCCCCGAGCCCCGGUACCCCACAAUCUCCCGGUUCAUGGGCGCGAGCGGCGGGAUGAGCGGCAUGGGCGGCAUGGGCCCGCUGGGCAGCAUGAUGGAUGCGGGAUCCAAGGCGUCCAUGGUGGCGCUGCACGCGACGCCCCGGCGGAAGCGGCGCGUGCUUUUCUCCCAGGCGCAGGUGUACGAGCUCGAGCGGCGCUUCAAGCAGCAGAAGUACCUGUCGGCGCCGGAGCGCGAGCACCUGGCCGCCCUGAUCCACCUGACGCCCACCCAGGUGAAGAUCUGGUUCCAGAACCACCGCUACAAGAUGAAGCGGCAGGCCAAGGACAAAGUGGCGCAGGCACAUCUGCAGCAGCACGAGGCUGGCGGGGUCGGCGGGGUCCUCGCGCCAUCCCAGCAGCAGCAGGAGCAGUCCUCCUCCACGUCAUCUCCGAAGCGCGCGUUCACCCCCAAGGAAAAUAUAAACAAGGAGCGCCUGAGCGAGGCCGGGUCGUCGGAGUCCGCGAGCCUCCACGGACACCUUAACCAGGACCUGGGGGAGGGUCUGGCAGGCCGGGGGGCGGCCCUCCUCCUCCACCACCACCUCCACCUGCACCACCAGACCCCGCAGGUGGGCCACCUGUCGCCCGACGACAUGGAGGAGCUGUCCCCCAGCCCCCCGCUGGGCCUGCACGGCGGGCUGGGCCCGAGCGACGCGGCGCUCAUGGACUACGGAAGCCCACCGGGGCUGGGAUCCGGUCUGCUGUACGGAAGGACCUGGUGAAGCGCGGGACUCAAGAGACAACCCGCGACGCGUAAACGGCCUCCAGAGCAGUCUAGACUUCCACGUGUGAACCCGGUGAAGUGGGGCUCGAGGCGGCCCCGACGGAUUAAUUUAACGGUGAAGAACAGGAACAUGUCCCGCGGGGUUUAGAUGAUGUUCCUCUGAGUAGGCUACGUCUCGUUCCAGAACGAAACCGCUCCAUCAUCCGGUGAAUGUAAAAAUGAACUGAGACGCAGGUGGAAGACCUUCGCUGAACAGCUUCAGGAUUAAUUCGUUCCCAGUGUCGCUCGUUCUAAACACCGAGGCCGGUUUCAGGUCCAUGUGAUGCAUGAGUGUUUGAUAACGAGGCCUUCUCCAUGGACAUGGUCUGGAGUAAUAUAGGUUAGGAAAUACAUUUGUUUUUAAUGGUAUAAAUGAUGGAUGAAUAAAUGAAUAUCCGUGACUGACAUGAAGUCAAAUACCGCUGUCACCGGAUCGUUUGUUACAGAGUGAAUAAACGACAUUUUACCGUAA